UGCAGACUUGUUUCAUAUUUCUUUUUUGAAGUUAUUAUCGAAAUUAUUAGAAAAGUUGAUCGUAUGUCGUCCUCGUUUAAAGCAUUUUAUCAUACUAUUGUAUAUGUGGCUAUUUAUGUGCCAAUUUUAAAGUCAUCAUUCAGUUAAAAUAAUGACUUUACAAGACAGAUUGAAAUCUCUCUUACGUAUUCUGAAAUUUUCAUCUAUUUGGGGCAGUGGUGUUAUAAUAGUCGCAUAUCAUUUGAAACAGACGACAGGUAGAAUAAAUAGAAUUGUAAAUCACAAUGUUAUAGAUGUCGACAAGAAAUGUACUCCGGAAUAUAUAUACAUCGAAGACCCUUCGUACGAUGCUGCUAUGAAAGAGGAACACGAGAGGGAAAACAAGCAGUCGGUUGGUUUUUCUAGAAUAUGGAAGAGCUUGAAAUACUCUUUAGCUUGGAAGCUCCUUUGGCUCUGUCGUCAUGGUAGUAAAGAUCAACGCAAUAUAGCACUGGAACAACUAGCAGCCUUUAAAAAUAAUAAAAGUUGGGAUUGUUUGAAGCUUGCUCAAGCACUCGAUAAAGAUACAGCAGUUCUACUUGCUCGUACCCGUGGUGCCGAUUUAAGAUAUUUUCUUCCACCGCCGAUACAUGUUCGGAGGAAAGCAUUAACAUCAGAGUUACUAUCUUUUAGGUUAAGAGACUUUCUUUUGGCUGUGCAAACUGUAAAUCCUCAUAGUUGUAUUCAUUAUUUUCUUAACAAAUAUUUUUUGAAUAUCCAAGAACAACCUGUUGAAGCAGAUGUGCCAACGAAGCCUGAUAAUCUUAGUGAAAAAGAACUUUGUAUUUUAUGUCUUGAUGCUAUCCACCACCACCUUUCUCUAUUCUAUUCUAAAUCUUAUGAAAAAGACAUUUCUAGUCAAACAUUAAUUAAACAAGGCAUCUUACCUUGCUUGGCUGAAUUACUUUUACGAUAUCACAAUGAUAUUGAUAUAGAUAUGGCAGUAUUAAAAGUUUUUACAAUUCUAAGUGUACAUAACAAUUUAUUGAAUGAUUUCUUUCAAAAUGGGCUCAUUAGGGAUUUAUCACGCUUACUGAGAUCAAAUGAUGUCCGUUUAGCAAGUUCAGCGGCAGUUUCCCUAGCAAACCUAUCUGGUGAAUACUUGUAUAGACCUGGCUUAUAUCUUUUGUACCCUUUAUAUAGAACUGCAGCUAAGCACACAUGUGAUACACUCUUAGUUCAUGGGCUGCGUGGGGGUGUUUUUGUUACAUGGAGACAAAGAGAUAAAUCGUGUGCUCAUCCCGUUGGUCUCAUUGAAGUGUCUGUUGCAGACGCAGAUUGUAAUCCCUGCAAGGAAAAUGAAACAGAGGCAAAAUACUAUGAUCCAGAAUUGCAACAAGUGUUAGAAGACAUCAUGGAGAUUGAGGAAGAAUCACUGUUAUCAAAUGUUGAGGUUGUUCUACACGAUCUUCCUAUAGAAGCUAAAAGGGAACCCAUCAACAAGUAUACAUUCACUGCCAAGAAAAAGAGGAAUGCCUUGUUGCAGGAAGAAGAAGAUAAAUGUAAUUAUACAUUUUGCUGGCCUAAAGAUUGGCUGCCAAAAGAUUGUAAGAAUUUGAGAAUUUUGGGCAUUAAUUAUUGGACUUCUCUUUCUGAAUGGUUAGAGCACUGCCCCUUACAAAAUACUGACAUAGCCACUAGAGCUUCGGAACUAAUACCAACAUUAGUGGAUGCUGGAGUAGGCAAAAAAAAUCUUGUUUGGCUUACACACUCUAUGGGUGGUCUGAUAGUAAAACAAUUGCUCAUACAAGCAUCCGAGAGUCAAGAUCCCAAUACACAACAGUUGUGUGAUUACACCAAGGCAAUUGUAUUUUACAGUACUCCGCACAAGGGAAGUGCACUGGCAACUAUGCCACGGGCAGCAGCUGCAGUUCUUUGGCCCUCUCAAGAUGUGAGACAGUUACAAGAAAAUUCACCAGUUUUACUUAAAAUACAUAAUGCUUUCAUUAAAUAUGCUGAUCACUAUGGCUGGGAAACUAUUAGUUUUGCAGAAACUUUACCGACUCCAGUCACAGCAUUUAAAGUACCUAUUCAUUUUGUACAACCUGAUUCAGCUGAUCUUGGCCGUGGUGUCUUUUAUCAAUUACCGUUAGAUCAUUUAUCAAUAUGCAAGCCAGCAACGAGGCAGUCUAUUUUAUAUACAACAGUUCUAAAUGUUCUUAAGAGAGUCACUGCAGAAGAUGUAGAAUUAUAUUACGAGGAGAGCUAUGUUCAAUAUUAUGCUGAUUAUCUUAUGUGGGCUGCUAGGAACAAAAUAAAAUCAGUAUUACAAGUAAUAGAUGAGGCACAGAAUAUUGAACAAGCUCAAAAGAUUCAAAAAGCAUUAUUGCAAACGUUUACUGAUGAUUUUUCUGAUUGAAAUAAUAAUUUUAAAAAUUAUGUUGUUAUUACAGUAUUAAUCAGGUAUUAUAUUUCAAUUAUUUCAAUGGGUGCUUCGACACAUAACCCAGUGCCGGCGUUAGGGGGGGUGAGAGGGGGCGAUGGCCCAGGGCGACAAAUUCUGGGGGGCGCCAAGGUCUGAAGUUGCCUCUCCUGGUGCAAACCUUAAGAACACCUCAAGUGGGCGCCACGAAUAUUUUCGCCCGGGGUGUCAGUGACCCUUACACCGGCACUGUCAUAACCUAUUCUAUCUAACUACUAAAUUAUUCAUCAUAAUACAUAAUUGUAUAUUUUAGAAAAUAAGUAAGUUUCAGCUCUUCUUUACAAUGCUCAUUUAACUAUUUAACCUAAUUAAAAGUUAAAUUCUGCUCAAGUUUAUUAGAGAAUAACUUCUAGUCAUAUUAGUUACUUUUAAAAUGAUAAAAAUGUACAAUAGAGUACUUUGCACAAGGAUAUGUUUAUUGUAUAGCAAAGACCUUAGUUGAUUAAAUAUAAUAUUUUCAUUGUGGUUGAGAAUUGCCUUUUUCAUUUUUUUAACAAGUACCUAUUCACAUAAUAUGGGUACAUAUUCACAAUUGAACUUUAAUAAUAACAUUAGUAAGUAGGUACCUA